ACUGGAAGUAUCAAGUAUUUCAAGGCGUCUACCAGGUAAUUCGUCAAUAGACUGACCAUCCCAACCCCAAUAUUUACUUCCGCAGCGCUGUAGAAAUUGGAGUCGAGAGGGGUUGACGUGGUCUACAUGACCUAGCACACACCACCAUGCACCUCAAGAUGCAUCCGGCAACCAGGUGAGCCUCGUUGCCCUGCUGCUCAACACCAUAACCCAACCAUCACCAACUCUCCCUCACAACCCACCACCCACACCUCCGCCUCCCGGAAAGCAGCCCCAAUUGCUCCUCCACCAUGGCUGCGCACGAGUCCCAAAUGCCCUUUAUCCGCAACCUUGCGUCCAGCGACCGCAAGCUCCGCGUCGCCGCCCUCGAAUCCCUCCAGACCUUCCUCGCCUCCCGCUCCUCCCUCGCCGAAGCCGACGCCCAGAAGCUCUGGAAGGGCCUGUUCUACGCGCUGUGGAUGACCGACCGCCCCGUGCCGCAGCAGCGCCUCGCCGCCGACCUCGCCGGCCUGCUGUUCCGCCUGCAGCCGGCCUGUGCCGCGCCCUGGCUGCGCGGCUUCUGGGCCGUCGUCGGCGCCCAGUGGACCGGCAUUGACGUACUGCGCCUCGAGAAGUUCCUGCUGCUCGUGCGCCGCGUCUUCGCCGCCCACGUGCGCCUGGCCAAGGAGCACGCCUACGCCGGCGCCGAGGUCGACGCCGUCGUCGCCGUGCUGGCCGACUACCCCUUCGAGGCCGAGGGCGACCUGCGCAAGGUCCCCGUGGGCAUCCGCCUGCACGCGCUCGACAUGUGGGUGGACGAGCUGGAGCGCGAGGGCGCGCUGGCCGACGCCGCCGCCGCGCCCUUCGUCAAGAGCCUGGGCGACCUGCUGAUCCCGCUGCGCCAGUGCCCCGUGAAGCAGGUGCGGGACCGCUGCCGAGAGAGCUACGAUGACGAGAGGCUGCCCUGGGGCAAGCCCGCGACCGAGGAGGAGGCUGAGGAGGAGGAUGGCGACGAGUGGGGUGGCAUUCAGGACUGAGGAGGACGGGGUGUGUGCAGAAGAACAACAUCAGAUGGCGUACGGCGUUGGGAUAUGACAUGGGAAAAAGAAUUGGCAAGGCAAUGCUUUAUAUUAUUUGUCACCUCUGUUGUGUAUACAUGGAGGACUUAGAGGUUGAUACCACCUGGAACACUAGGCACCUAGACACCAUCGACAAGUCGCAAAGUAAACCAGACACUCCAAUGUUUCACUGGC